ACAACGACCGAGAGAGCGGUGAGCUGACCCCAGGCCCCUCCUAUCCGCAUCCUCCACUGAGGAUGACGCGGCGGUCGGAUGGUCCCGGUAGGCCACUCGUGGCCUGAAGACGCAGUGUACUUAAAAACGCUUUAGCUAUUUUUUUUAUUAGAAUUUAGGUAUAAGGGCUGUUUGUUUAUCAAUAUAACAUCUGGAGGAUGGAGCUCUUCCAAACUGUAUAACCCUCAAGAUCGAUCUUUCGCACUGAAACACGAUUUUUUUGUUAAAAACCCAUACAGUGGGCAGUCUGUUGUAACGUCAUCUCUUCGCACGACUCCAGAGGAGAAAGUCGCAAUUUGGUUGUCAGGAUGUGUGACGUAACGAAUGAUUAUACCGUAACGGAAUGCAUACGGCAGCAGGGCCCAUAAUGAACUCGGCUCCUGGCAGUCGGAGGGUGGCGGGGGCAUCGCGCAUGCGCGUAGAUUUGUGGCGGGAACCGUGCUGGAGAACGCGCAGCUGUCAUUCGCUGCGCAGAAGGCGACGCAGAAGCACAGCAGAGGCAGCCGCGAAGACUCGAGUCUACCCACUGAAUAAACAAUGGCUAACGUCAGCAAAGUAUCAAUCCUGAAGUUUCUGGAAAUUGCGUUAACAAUCACAUGUAUAGGUUUGCACCUACACAGUUUUGCUGCAAAAGAUGCAAAUGAACAGUUUAUCAUCUGUGGAACAUUUGGUGGCUUCCUUGUUAUCCUGAUUGGCAUUUUCGUUGGGAUGUUUACUGGACAACCUGUUGGAAGAAGAGUGGAUAUCUUCUACAGCCUGGCUGGUUGUGCUCUCUUUGUGGCAGCAGGUGCCCUCAGCAUUCAGUAUUACGAAAACAUGUAUAAGGGGGACCUGAGGGACAAGGGUCUCUCAAAGGGAGCACUGGCGAUCAUUAAUGGUGUUUGUUUCCUUCUGGAUGCGGUGUUUAGCUUCCGUGGGGAAUAAACAAAGAACCUCAUAAGAAUGAAAAUCAGAAUAUAAUGAAAUUAUUUUGACGUGUAAUUUUGAAUGCACCUAUUCUUUUAAUGUUAAAAUGUAAUGAUCUGUAAACAAAAUUGGAUGAAUUUUGUAUGUCAUUACACAUAGCAGUGACAUUGAUGAAAACAAAAGCUUUUGAGCUUGAGAAUGUAAGUGCACAUAGGCUUUAAUUACCCACCAGAAAAACAUUUUUAUAUGUAUUAUUAUACAUUACAUUAUAAUAUAUUUCUUAAAUUGAGACAAUGGCACACAACAAUCUCAUUUAUCAGUGCUAGCUUGCUGCAUUAUUAUGGCAGAUAUAUAAAUUGUUACUAUUGUAUAUAUAUCAUGUACAAAAUGAAACUUCAUUUACACUAUUAACCAUGUGUAUAUUUGUAUAGUUACUGGCUCACAUUGUUAUCACUAAUAUUCAUUUUUCUUAUUUCAUGUAAUACAUCAUUACACCCAUUAAUGAUGGUAAGAUCUGAAAGCUCAUUAAUGCUCUUGUCAGGGCAUGUGCAAAACUAUUUUUUAUUUUUUUUAGUUUUUAUACUUCUGUUUGGCCAUUUAUUUUAUUUUAGUUUGCUGUAUAAUAAUUUUUAUAAUUUAUCAUAGGCACAUGAGUGAUAUCAAUGCAAAAUACACAAACCAUGACCAAGAAAUCUAUUUUUUAUAUUGUCAUGUGCUUGAAUAAAUCAAGGAACCAAGAAAAUAUAGGUGUUCAACUUGUGUUUGAAAAAACAAAAUGGGUGCAUGGUAUGACUGCUGUACAAGAUAAAUGGGUUUGUAACAAGCAAGCAUUUAUUGACAUUCCUGUGGAUACCACCAUACGUUACAAACAUUAGUUGAAUGGUGUUUAGUAUGCCCUGUACCAUCUUUAACUAGCCUUUCUCAAUUACUGACACACAUUAUAUCAAAAAUUUCUUGUACUGAUCAUAUAAUAAAAUGUUUUUAUGUCUUGUGUAAUUUAAUGGCAGAAUAAGAAAGGAAUAGUGUUAUAAAACAGCCACAGUAAAAUCCAUCUUUGCCAGCAUUGCUACACUACCAUGCCAUUUCCUUCACUGGGAACAGUUUCCAGUAUAAGUGCAAACUAUUUUGAUAUAAAUUAAAUAGAAAUGUGGGCACAAAGCUUCAGAAAGAGUAUUUUCUAUUUCAUUUUCUUCACAAAACUUAUUUUUUGACAUGCUUUAGAAACUUGUAUACUACUUCAGAUACCAUAACUAUAUAUUAAUGUGACAGCCGAUUUGUACUGUUUUGUAUUUGGUGAAAUAAAAGCUUUAAAUGUCUAAAAGAGA